AUGAGCAGCUCAAAAUUUACACAGGCAGCAGAUCACGACUAUUUGCUUGAAGAAAAGCAACCUUCCAUCGGCUACAGUGAUUAUGAGACAACGAUACAAGUGUCAAUGGAAACACACAUCCCAGAGAACAACAUUGGAUACAGACUAUUGCAAAAGAUGGGCUGGCAAGCAGGAAGAGGACUUGGUUCUCAAGGACAAGGCAGAAUCGAUCCAAUUCGCAUCGAGCUCAAAGACGAUUCUCUCGGUGUGGGUAAAGCAGAGGAAUAUACCACAACACACGUAUCAACAACAGCCAAAAGAAAGGCACUAGACAGCGAGAAACAGCUAGAAGAAACAGAAAUACAAAAGAUUGAGAGAGAAUAUCAAGUAGAAAAGAAACAAGCGAUAGCACGAGAAUUGAAGGAGGUCAAGAAGGCCUUUUAUUGUGAAUUAUGCGAUAAGCAAUACAAGAAUAUCGGUGAAUACGAACAGCAUUUGCAGAGUUACGAUCACCACCAUAAGAAGAGAUUCAAAGACAUGAAGGAAAACACUCGGAAUUCUACAAUCAAUCAGUCAGAAAGGGAAAAGAAAUUGGCUAGGGAGAGAAAACGAGAAGAAAGAGAGCUGAAGCGGAUGCAAGAUGCUAUACAAAAGAAGCUAGGCAACAGCAACAUCAACACAAAUACAUCGCCAAAACCAACUGCAUUGCCUACCAUUCCAGUAGCCAAUACAGCGAGCGGUGGAGAAGGAGGAUGGACAAAUGCAGAGACUAGAUCAGGCUCUAGCAGUGGAGGAUGGACAACUAGCACCAUUCCCAUCGCAAGACCUACUAUUCCAUUUGCUAAACCCAUUGACACUGCCAAUUCUAUUCCAUCAACUACUUCAGCAGACGCUCCCAUCUCAACUGCAUCCACACCACAGCCCAAGAAACUAUCAUUUGGCCUAAAGAAGAGCACAGGAUUUCAAUUUGGGUUAAAGAAGAAAUAA